UCUCUGGUUAGAUUAUAAAAAACUCAUGGCAACACUGAAAAACAUUUGUGUACUGUCAAAAUAGGAGAAUAGUCAAUAGAUUACAAAACGAGCAAAUUGUAGAUUAAAAGAAAGGAAAAACCUUGUAAAUUUAUUUUUAAUUACAAAAUGUCGAUUUUAAUAAGAUGUGCGCGUAUACGGCAAGUUUUACUGCAACGGAUGUAUUCAUCUUCCAAGUCUUCUAAUCCAUCAACAAACACUGAAGUUAAAACGAUACCCAAAAACUUACUGGAAGAUAGUCAAACAUCCCAUCUGCAAGCAGAGAAUGGUGCUAUCUUUGACAAGAAGCCAUUCAAAAUUCAUUUAGAAGCGAAUAAAAUUUAUAGCUGGUGUCUAUGUGGAAAAUCGAAAUGCCAGCCAAUUUGCGAUGGUAUGCAUAAGAAUGAGUUCUUAAAAAUAAAGUUACGACCUGUGCGAUUUCAAGUGGAAAAAACUGGUGAUUAUUGGCUAUGCAAUUGCAAGCAAACCAAACAUCGCCCUUUCUGUGAUGGCACGCACAAGCAAGCGGAUAUUCAAGCCGCUGUGCGAUAACUAAACCGAAUAUCUGAAAAUACUUACUUUUUAUUGAAUUAAAGUGUAUUCAUUUAAGUGUUUAUUUGUUUAUUAUCUCUGCAGGCGUCCAAAAGCAAUAAAAUAUCGAUACGCAUGUUUUUAGAUGCAAGCAACAAAUGUA